AUGGGAAAUUGUAUGAAAAAGCAGACAGCCAUUCAACGCGACGGCGACGUCUGGGGAUCAACGGCGGCGGCGGCACCGGGAACAAUGUAUUUAUCCGGCAGCCACCGUGGUGACAGUCGGAAGGGAGAGAGUUAUUCCGGCGGUAGCUUGGGUGAGAAAACGGCGACGACGGAGGUGAAGAUUAAGAUAUCGAAGAAGCAACUGGAGGAGUUAUUGGGUAGGACGGAUGUGCAGGGGCUAACGGUGGAGCAGAUUCUUGCUAAGUUGAUGAAAGUCAGUGAUGGAUUUGAAUCGAAUCAACGGCCGUGGAGGCCUGCUCUACAGAGCAUUCCAGAGUAAACUGUCGACGUAUACC